GCGAAACUCAAUUCACUUUCAACUGCAAGAAGUGCUUAGUCAGAGUAAAAAAACCCUUAGGUCUGGUAGAACGAGAGAGAGAGAGAGAGAGAGAGAGAGAGAGAUCGCAGCACGAGACAAUGGAGAGGGAGAAACUAUCGAUCUCAUUACUAUUAUUAACGAUAAUCUCACUUCUGCUUCCCUUUCUCUCAAUCUCAUUCUCACCAGAAUCUCCAACAGAUCGCCGCAUCUUAGUAUUACUCGAUGACUUCUCUUUCAAGUCCUCACACUCCAUUUUCUUUAAUUCCCUAAAAUCUCGGGGUUUCGACCUCGAUUUCAAGCUCGCUGACGAUCCAAAACUCGCCAUUCAACGAUAUGGCCAGUACUUGUACGAUGGCAUUAUCGUCUUUUCGCCUUCCAUCGAGAGGUUUGGAGGUGCAUUAGAUUUAGCGGCAGUGAUUGACUUUGUUGACUCCGGACGAGACUUGAUUAUUGCUGCUGAUUCUUCUGCUUCUGAUUUUAUUAAAAGCAUUGCUACUGAAUGUGGUGUUGAUUUUGAUGAGAAUCCGACAGCUAUGGUUAUUGAUCAUAAAAGCUAUGCACUUUCGGAGACUGAGGGUGAUCAUACUUUAAUUGCUGCUACUGAUUUUAUCGAGUCUGAUGUUAUAUUAGGAAAAGCUAAGAUUGAGGCCCCGGUGCUGUUUAAAGGUAUUGCGCAUUCUGUAAAUCCAGCAAAUGGCCUGGUGCUGAAAGUGCUUUCAGCUUCUCCUUCGGCAUAUUCAGCUAACCCUAAUUCCAAGCUAUCAAGUCCUCCAUCAGUAGCUGGAUCCGCUAUUUCAUUAGUUUCGCUAAUGCAGGCUAGAAACAAUGCUCGGAUUAUGAUUACUGGCUCCUUGGAUAUGUUCAGUAACCGAUUUUUCAAAUCAGGUGUGCAAAGUGCUGAGAGUGCAAUAAAAUAUAAGAAAUCUGGCAAUGAACAGUUUGUGACUGAACUUAGCAAAUGGAUCUUUCAUGAAAGGGGUCAUCUGAAGGCUGUCAAUCUUAGACACAACAAAGUUGGGGAAACCGAUGAACCUGCAAUAUAUAGGAUAAAAGAUGAGUUGGACUUUUAUGUGGAGAUAUAUGAAUGGUCUGGAAAGAGCUGGGAACCAUAUGUGGCGGAUGAUGUUCAGGUUCAGUUCUACAUGAUGAGCCCUUAUGUGUUGAAAACCCUCUCGACUGACCAGAAGGGUCUGUACCAGACAUCAUUCAAGGUGCCUGAUGUUUAUGGGGUUUUCCAAUUUAAGGUUGAGUAUCAGAAGCUUGGAUACACUAGCUUGUCUCUUUCCAAGCAGAUUCCUGUUCGGCCCUACAGGCACAACGAAUAUGAAAGAUUUAUAACAACUGCCUAUCCAUAUUAUGGAGCUUCUUUCACCACGAUGGCCGGCUUCCUUAUCUUCAGUUUUGUCUACUUGUACAACAAAUGAAAUCCUGCCAUCUAUCAUAGAGGAUUGAAUUGCAUUGACAUGAUUCAGUUUCUUUCCAGCCUAUUGGAGAAAAAAGAAAAGAGAAUUGAGGGUUCGUCUACAAAUUUUUCGCCUCAAAUUUGUUACGAAGAAGGAAGUUAAGAUAUAAGAUUACUUUUCUGAAAUAUCCUGCAUGCCAAGCGGUUUUCUGACUCUAGAAAUGUAAUGCUGCCUAGUGUUUAGGACUGCUGGACCACAAUUUGUUAGGUAUAAUUCAGUUAAGAGUACAUCCAGUGGAUUUAUUUGUAAUAAAUAUCUGUGACAAGAUUAGGUAUCAAAAGAAAUUUUACAAUUAGAAGUAUGCAAUUGGAUGGUUUGAUGGGUGGUUAUUGUUAACAAUAUAACUUAUAUUUCCUCC